AAAUAUAUAUAUGUAAGGAAGAAUCGAGAGUUUUGUCUCUCUUUCCACUCUUCCAUCUAACCUUUCCCCUUUCUCUGUGUUCCCACUACCCCAUGAUUCAUCAUCCUUUUUCAUUUCAUUCUUCUACAUUUUCUCAUUCAAGCCAUCAAUUUUCAAACUUUAAGAGUCAUUAAUAGAUUAGGAUAGGAUAGCCAAGGACAACCCCAAAUCACCAAUAUCUAGCAUCACACUUAUGUUCCUUUAGUUAAUCACCGAAUCACCAUCUUUCAAUUCUUCUUGAACUAGAAAACCCCAAUUUCGUUUUACUUCUUGUGGCCUACAUUGAGGAAUUGUAUGCCAUGCUUAUGAGUUGAUUUGGUAGCUAGAAAUUUGAUGGAAGCUAGAAGAAUGUUAAUACUUGAAGAUUGAGGCAAAAUAAGAGAUUUAGAAGCUAGUGUCGAUGCACUUAGAAGGCUAUGAGAAGGGAACUGUUGCUGUCUUUUCUGUACAAUAAGGAGUUGUUGCAGCGCAAUUGAGUUGAUUCAUCAUAACUAUUUACAUUCAGGUGAAUUUAUGUUUCUAGAAGAUUACCGAUUCAGCAGAGUCCCUCUUUUGGUAGGCCUCUACUCCUUGAUGAACGACUCUUUUGAAUUAUAUCUUGAGUCAUUGGUGUAUCUGCAGCUAUUUGAGUCUAGGAAUACUAUUAUUUUGGGAUAUACAAACUUUGGAUAUGUAGUCUCUCAAAUUCUGCUUGAUGGCAUAUGUUUGUAAGCAAGGUUUUUAAUUUGAAAAUGUUGAAGAUAGAAAUAUACUUUGUCAAAUUAUAGUAAGUUUUGGUUUCAGAGUGUACUAUUUAUUCACAAGAUAUUUGUCAAGUGUGGUUUGUUAGGCUGGCCAGACUUUAUGUAUCAGUAGUCUGUGCGCUGGUCACGGCUAGAAGUUGGGUCGUGACAAUGUGUCUAUGAAUCAAUUCAUCAAGGACAUGUUGAUAGUGCCACUAAAAAGAAAGAUUAGUGAUUGCGAGAUGCAAUAAUAAAUUUGAAUAAUGCAAGUAAGAUGAAUGGCUUAUGGAAAGGAGGAAUCUUUUAGUGAAGUUAUUGGAAACUUGUUGCAGUAAGUUAUCAAUUUCACAGUUGCAUUCACAGUGUUUGAAAGCGGGUCUUGUUCAUGAUAGUUUCAUUGUUACCAAGCUCAAUGUUCUUUAUGCUAGAUAUGCAUCGAUUCACCAUGCACAUAAGCUGUUUCAAGAAACACCUCACAGAACUGUUUACCUAUGGAAUGCUUUGCUUAGGAGUUAUUGUUUCGAGGGAGAAUGGGUAGAGACUCUGUCUUUAUUCCGUCAAAUGAAUAACGUUAGUUCUGUAUCGAUUGAGGAAAGACCCGACAAUUACUCGGUAUCUAUUGCCUUGAAAUCGUGUGCGGGUUUGCGGAAGCUUUUAUUGGGUAAGGUGAUUCAUGGAUUUCUCAAGAAGGUGAGGAUAGACGGUGACAUGUUUGUUGGAUCAGCCUUGAUUGAUUUGUAUACUAAAUGUGGUCAAAUGAAUGAUGCAGUGAAAGUUUUUAUGGAGUAUCCGAAGCCUGAUGUUGUUUUAUGGACUUCGAUCAUUAGUGGUUAUGAACAGAGUGGUAGUCCGGAACUUGCACUCGCUUUUUUCUCUCGAAUGGUUGUCUCGGAGAAAGUGAGUCCUGAUCCAGUGACCCUUGUUAGUGUUGCUUCUGCUUGUGCUCAGUUAUCUAAUUUUAAGCUUGGGAGAAGUGUUCAUGGCUUCGUGAAAAGAAAGGGUUUAGACAAUAAGCUGUGUUUGGCCAAUUCACUGCUUCAUUUAUAUGGAAAAACUGGUUCCAUAAAAAAUGCAUCAAAUUUGUUCAGGGAGAUGUCUGAUAAGGAUAUUAUAUCUUGGAGCACAAUGGUUGCAUGUUAUGCCGAUAAUGGAGCCGAAACUGAUGUAUUAGAUCUUUUCAAUGAAAUGUUAGAUAAGAGAAUUAAGCCCAAUUGGGUUACUGUGGUUAGUGUGUUGCGAGCGUGUGCUUGCAUUUCCAAUUUGGAAGAAGGUAUGAAGAUUCAUGAAUUGGCCGUGAAUUAUGGUUUUGAGAUGGAAACCACAGUCUCUACAGCUUUGAUGGAUAUGUACAUGAAGUGUUUUUCACCUGAAAAAGCAGUUGAUCUUUUCAAUAGAAUGCCAAAGAAAGAUGUAAUUGCUUGGGCUGUUUUAUUUAGCGGCUAUGCCGACAAUGGAAUGGUGCACGAGUCAAUGUGGGUUUUCCGCAAUAUGUUAUCUAGUGGAACUCGACCUGAUGCUAUUGCUCUUGUUAAGAUUCUUACUACUAUUUCAGAACUUGGGAUUCUUCAACAAGCUGUAUGUUUGCAUGCGUUUGUAAUUAAAAAUGGGUUUGAAAAUAACCAAUUUAUUGGAGCUUCACUUAUAGAGGUAUAUGCAAAAUGUAGUAGCAUAGAAGAUGCUAACAAGGUUUUCAAAGGAAUGACGUAUAAAGAUGUUGUUACUUGGAGCUCAAUAAUUGCAGCUUAUGGAUUUCAUGGUCAAGGAGAAGAAGCUUUGAAAUUAUUUUAUCAGAUGGCUAAUCAUUCAGAUACUAAGCCUAACAAUGUAACUUUCAUCUCAAUUCUAUCUGCUUGUAGUCAUUCAGGUUUGAUUAAAGAAGGGAUAAAUAUGUUUGAUAUCAUGGUUAACAAGUACAAAUUAAAACCAAACUCGGAGCAUUACGCGAUAAUGGUUGAUCUUCUUGGUCGAAUGGGAGAGUUAGAUAUGGCUUUGGAUGUAAUUAACAACAUGCCGAUGCAGGCUGGGCCUGAUAUAUGGGGAGCCUUACUCGGUGCAUGCCGCAUACAUCAGAAUAUAAAGAUGGGGGAAGUUGCAGCUAAGAAUCUUUUCUCAUUAGACCCUAAUCAUGCAGGGUAUUAUAUUCUUCUGUCAAAUAUUUAUUCUGUCGACGAAAAUUGGCAUAGUGCUACAAAACUUAGGAGACUGGUAAAGGAGAAAAGGUUGAACAAGAUUGUUGGUCAAAGUGUGGUGGAGUUAAAGAAUGAAGUUCGAAGUUUCAUAGCAGGUGAUAGAAUUCAUGAUGAAUCUGACCAUAUUUAUGAAAUUCUGACAAAAUUACAUGCUAAAAUGAGAGAAGUAGCUUUUGAUCCACAAGUACAGAUAGAGGAGAUGCUAUGAGUUCUUGAAUUCGAAAGUUGUCCCAUUUGAAUGGCAUAAAGACUUUUGGAUAUUUGAGCUGAUGAUAGUUAGAGGGGGAGAAAAUAGUUUUGAGUAUGCUAUUGAUUGUUUCUUUAUUUUGUUUUGGAUCAUUCUUUUUGUUGAAAUUUGUAAAUAUAUUAAGAGGUUUUGAUUAGUGCACAUCAAUACUAAAAGUUACAAAAGUUAUUUAGAUUGAAGAUAAAUGACUAAGAUUCAUUCAUUUAAUAGUUCAACCCAUGUUUUUGAGGUUUGGACAUAUUGAAGGUA